GUUGCAAAUGCAUCAUAGUUCAGGGUCCCGCCGCCGAAUAAUUCAAGGAACGGCACCGCUUUCCGUGCACAAAGGCAAACCAACUCAUAGGUAACCUAUUCAUAAUAAGUAGUGACUCGAUCCCAAUUGCCAUAUCUGAUCUUUUACCAAACAACUUUGGAAUUUGCGACAGCAUUUAUUUUACCCCUCGCGCACUUCAAACAUCAUUUCUCAUUCUCAUCACGAGUCUGAUCCAACUCUCCACACCUUUCAAAAAUCACGACAAGCAAGCAAGGCAUCUAUUGACCUUGUAAUAUCCCAUAAAAGACAAUUCAGACUCGUUCUAGUCUAUUAUAAUUUCACACUCAGUCCACAAUGCCUUUCACCGCAAGUGACAUCUGCAAGAUCAUUCUUGCCAUCAUCCUCCCACCCCUAGGUGUCUUCUUAGAGCGAGGAUGUGGUGCCGACUUCUGCAUCAACAUCUUACUCACUAUCCUGGGUUACAUUCCGGGUAUCAUUCACGCGCUGUACAUUAUCCUCAAAUAUUAAUGCGCCCAAAUAACCCACCCUUUCCUUCCGCAUUCUUCGUCAUGCAGCGACAGCAUAGCAACUCUCUGCCAUAGACAGUACAAGACGGUUGGACCAAUGGCGUGAUGGCACAGGGGUUCGUGAUGUUACGAGGCGUCCUGCGUGGAUCCAGCCAUUGCAUUUUUUCCUUCGACGCUAGAGCGGGGGGUGGGUAAUGAAGUGCCGUUUUUCGGGUUUGACCGACGUCACCAGACCCUACCCUUUGUUUCAGCCCGCUUAAUCUUCUUUCGAUAAUUCACCACCGCAACGAUUUGUUGUACGAACGACUGACCGACCUGGCAAUGACAAGGCAUGGAGAUCCGGGGUUAGUUGAGCAUGGGUCGCUAUGUUUAUUCACGACGUUUCUAGAUCUGCUUUCCAUAAUGAUUAUGAUUUCGAUACCCCCUCAA